AUGCAUGACCUUAUACAUGAUUUAGCUGAGUGGAUUUCUGUGGAAGAGAUAUGUAGGAUUGAAAAUAAUAGACAAACAAAGCCGCCUUCCACAACUCGACAUCUACGAGUAGAAGAAAAAUUGCCACAGGAGUUCUCAGGAUACAACAAGUUGCGCACCUUGGUGUUGAGCGAUUCAUUGUCCGAUAGCCUCUUUGAAAAACUAAGAAGCAUUCGUGUUCUAGAUGUAAGUGGGUGUGGCUUGCAGGAGUUAUCUGAACAUAUUGGUAAAUUGAUUCACCUCCGUUACCUUGAUAUAUCAUGGAAUUCUAAAAUUAAAAUUUUGCCUGACUCAUCAUGUGACCUUUAUAAUUUGCAAACACUGAAGGCAGAAGGUUGUUCUGAACUAGAGUCUAUACCACAAGAAUUGGGUAAGUUGGUCAGUUUGAGACACGUUGAUAUAUCAUGCAAUUCUGAAAUUAAAAUUUUGCCAGACUCAUUAUGCGACCUUUAUAAUUUGCAAACACUGAAAGUAAAAGGUUGUUCUAAACUGGAGUCUAUACCACAAGAAUUGGGUAAGUUAGUCAAUUUGAGACAAAUUGAUGCAGAUGGAAAGUUUUGGGUGAUGCUAAAAGAUGUACGGAGACUAACUAAUCUUCAAGAAUUGCCAAUAUUUAGUGUUCAAGAGGACGAUGCAUUCAAGCUUGGACAACUAAAGGAUUUGACACAGCUUCAUGGAACACUUCGUAUUGAAAAUCUUGAGAAUGUUGAUAGCAAAGAAGAAGCACAGCGGGCUGAGUUAAAGAGCAAAGUCCACCUAAAAAAAUUGGUGUUGGAAUGGGAUUAUUGGAAACUGUAUGGUGAGAAGGGUACCACAUUGGGCGAGGAAGUAAUUGAAGGUCUGCAGCCACACGAAUCACUUAAAAUAUUGAAAAUUGAUGGUUACAGUGGAGGUAGGUCGCCUAGUUGGUUGAUGCUAAAAGUUCUAUCCAAUUUGGAAAAACUUGAAUUAAAAAAUUGCCCGGGAUGGGAUGACCUGCCAUUUAUUGGUCAACGUUUGCAUCUGACUAAACUUCGCAUGACCAACAUGACUGCUUUGAAACGACUGAGUCAUGAAUUUGAAGGCAAGUGUUUUCCCAGGUUGGAAGUGCUUGAGUUAAGCGAUUUUCCGACAUUGAGAGAGUGGUCUUGGACUGAGGGCAAAGACCUAUUUCCCUGCAUGCGUGAACUUCGCGUCUGCAGUUGUCCCAAACUAAAGAGAUUACCUCCCUUCCCUCCUUCCCUAGAAAUGUUGACAAUAGAAUGUUGUCCCAGGCUCAUAUUAAAUAGCAAAACGGAUGAUGACGAGGAAGGUGGCCGCCAUCUACCGCCCUCACUCAAGGAAUUGAAACUGACCGACUGUGGCGAAUAUGCAAGACUUUUGUCCGACUGCUUGAACAACCUUACUCGAUUGGAAAUAAAUGAUUGUCUAUACAUGCCGUCUAUUUCUCUGGUUCAAUUGGUAGAACUGCAAUGCUUGUACAUCUCUGAUUGUGAUGAGUUGAGAAGGAUGGAGUGCUUAGGACUCCUUAAAUCCCUCAAGGAAUUGAAGAUUGUAGGAUGUCCUCAGCUGGUUCAGUUGGAUGAUGAGCUAGCAGGAAGCUUGUCAUCUCUGCGUAAAUUAUGCGUAGACAACACUGCUCUACUUAAAAUGUUUCCUUUAAAAAACUCACUGCCAUUCAUCACAGAACUUGAAAUUAAGUCAUGUUCUGAGGAGGUGAUAUUUGAGGAGGCGAUAUUGGUGCGAAGCCUCACUGCCGUUACAUCUCUAACUUUGCGUGAUUGCAUGAAACUACAAUCUCUGCCGACAGAGUUGCUGCAUGGCCCUCCCUUACUUGAAAGUUUAACUAUGCAAAACUGUCCACGGAUCAAAUCACUGCCAGAGAAAGGACUUCCUCCUCUUCUCCAACACCUAGAUAUAUCUAACUGUCCACAGAUCAAAUCACUGCCUGAGAAAGGACUUCCUCCUCUUCUCCAACACCUAUAUAUAUAUGGUUGUCCACAUAUUCAAGCAAUACCAGAAAAGUUGCUUCCCAUGUCACUAUCAUCUUUCAAUUGCUUUGAUGUUCAUCCAACGCUGAAGGAGCAGUCAGAAAAGUUUAACGCGUAUUGGAUGGGAUAG